AACAUUUGUGAUCGUCGAGAGUCGGGAGAUAUCUUAACAGUAGUCAGUAUUGCAGUCUACUGUUUAGUCAGUCUACAUUUUACAGUUACUCUGUACACAUUAUUGUUAUGAAUGAUGAACGUAUAGUUGGCCAAAGCCAGUUAACUGUUCAAGCUCGGUGAAAUAAUUCAAACUAUUAUGGACUACUCUUAUAUAAGGGUACAAUAAACUUUGAAAAAAAAAAAACCGGAUGUAUUUUGGUUUUGCUUAAAAUGAGUGGUAUUCGACAAACAGAUGACGAUAAGUCUGGAACUAAUUAUGAUCAGAACUUAGAAAAACUGAAUGGCUUAAAUUUGCAAGAAGAAAAUGAGGUUUCUGAACAGGACAAAUGUACGCCCACACUUGAUUAUCUUCAGUGUAUUGUUGAGGAACUGUAUACAUUUAAUAAAAAUUCAUUAGAAAAUAAUACUGAAAAAGUAUCUUACAACAAAGAAAUUCUCAAUGAAAAAGUUAAACAAGUAUUAACAUUGAUGAAAAAAAAUGAAGAAGCUGCAGUUGCUGAAAACAAAGCACAAUAUUUUUUUUUACUGGGCAAAACUUGGAGUGUUACACAGCCAGUAAAUGAAGAAUGUGUUAAUAUAUUAUCCAAAGCAGUCAAACUCAAUCCAACACACUUAGAUGCCUGGAAUGCUCUUGGUGAAUGUUUAGUACAUUUGAAAAGGUUUUCUGAAGCCAAAUAUUGUUUCCUCGCGUCAUUGAAACAUGGUAAAUGUAAAGUCAUUUUGAGGAAUCUAUCGAUUAUUAUGCGAGAGGCUCAGUUGUUAACUAGUGAAAAUGUUAAGGAAAACCUUAAUGCAGGCAUUGAGUAUGCUAAAGAAGCUGUUGAAUUAGACACUAAUGAUGGUGAAUCCUGGGCAAUACUUGGAAAUGCAUAUCUAUCCUUAUUUUUUAGGAGACAAGAAGAUAAGCUCCUUAGACAAUCCAUCAACUCUUUUGAGAAAGCUCUCAAAGACCCCGUAGCUGCCAAGAAUGCUGAUCUCCAUUUUAAUAGAGGCGUUGCUUUGAAAUAUGGGGAAAUUUAUACAGAUGCUUUAUUAAGCUUUGAACAAGCUUCGAUAUUAGAUCCCAUGUGGACUACAGCUAAAGAAACAUUGGAAGAUCUUGUUAAAUAUUUGACCUCGACACAAACAUUAUAUCAACGUAAGGGUCAGGUAAAAAGUAAGCGACUUCAACAAAUGACAGAGUCUUUAAACCCCAGUUGUUUGGGGUUGUACAACAAUAAAAUAAAAACAAUAAAAGGCCAUGUAAUAUUGGAACACAUUCCAUUAUCUAAACUCCAAACUGGUUUUAAUGCUAACAAAGUUGUAUGUGGUCGAGUAGUAUGUGUUGUAUACAAUCAGGAGCCUGUUCCUUAUACAUUCUGCCUGGUGGAUAAAGAUUUAUCAUGUGUUGUUGUAUCAGUAUACAACCUAGCUCAAGGUAGAGGACCGAUCAUAGGAGACUCUGUGGCCAUUCCUGAACCUUAUUUAACUAAUAUUGAUGCAAAAUAUUUAAAACAGACGUUCCAGUACCCUAGCAUAAGAGUAAACCUUCCUUUAACCAUGGUUGUGAACAAGAAAAAUGUAAGUGCAGAAUGUGUGUCUCAGCCACAGUUUUUAUCCAAACAAUUUUAACAAUUGUUUCUAUUUUCUUACACCAUACAUUUUGUAUAGCCCUUCAGUUAUUUCAUCAUAAUAUUUAUUACUAUAAAAUGAAAUUUUAUAAGCUUAAUUUAACAUUGUCAACAAUAAUUGUAAAUACUUUAAAUUAUUAGUGAACUACUUUAAUUAUAUAGAAGACCUUCCAUCACUAAUUUUGUACUAUUAGUUUUAUUAAUUUCUUUUUUUAUAUUUUAUUUAUACUUUUUUACACUAAAAAAAAAAAAAAUGUUAUUAAAAUAAAAAAAUAUAUAUACCUAUUAACAAUGAUAAAACAUUUUUUUUUUAAUUUGUCAACUGAUAUGCUUACCUGGCAAGUUAGUGAUAUCAAGAUUUUCAUUAGAACAUUAAAUUGUAAACUCAUUAUAUCAUCUUUAUUUUAAAAUAUGCUGUGCAUAAAUGCUUGAGAUUUUAUUUCAGAUGAAAUUAGUAUUUAAUAUUUAUUAUAAAAUAUAAUAUUGAAAUGCUGAUUAAAAAAAAAAACUUUUCAUUUAAUUAAACAUUUCACCUACCUUUUUGAUUAAAAAAAAAAUAGUAAAUAAAUAAAUGUGAUAAAUUAUUUAGAAAUUGGUUAUUUAAAUUUCAAAUUUAUAAAACUUUAUUUACUAAUUCAAUAACAUAUUACCUAUCAUAACAUUAUUAUUAUUCAAAUUUGUAAGUGAAUUUUAUUUUUUUAGAUUUGAUAAAUUUAAUAAAUUAAUAAUAUUUAACUACCACAAGCAAAUAAAAUAAAAAAUAUAGUUACUUAUUAUUGGUUAUUACUUAUUACUUAUUAGUUAUUAAUUAUUAUUCAUUAGUUGUAAAAAUAUGAUAAUCAAUAAUCACCACAAUUUUUUUUAUUUAAUGUAACACAUUUAUAUCUUUGAUACAAAUGUAACUAAGUAUGCAUAAAUAUAUAAGGUGACCAACUAGAACCUGUCGUUUUUAAAAUGAACAGUAUUCAGUCAUUUUUUACUGUAAAUUGAAAUUUAAUAUUCAAAAUUGUUUGCAAUUACAUGGUAUUUGAGUCAUUUGUCCAUUGUGAAAGAUAACGUCGGGUAGGUAGUGUCCAUUCUCUUGAAGUCCUGAACAUAAUUAAAAUGUAAAAAAUAUUAGAUUCCCGUUGGUCACUUUGUAUUUAGUAUUAUGCUUAUUAUGUUAAUAGAUUGGUCUCACUGAUACUGUAUUAUUUUUUUUUAAUGCAUAGGAUUUAAAUAUUUAAUAGUAUUUACUUAAGUUACACUAAAUUUAUUUAAAUACUACUGUAUUUAUGUGAUAAUAUUCAAGACUAUUAUAGAUAAGAUAAAUGUAUGUAUUUAUACCACUACAAUUUAUAAAAUAAAAACUUCUAUAGCGUGAAA